AGAAUGGUAGGAAUUAUUUUUCAGUGACAAAGGAACUUCAGUUGCGGUAGAGAAAUUGUGGGAAUAAAUUAUUAUAGGUGUUUGAAUUUCACUUUAAUAUAUUUAGAGUACAUUUUACUACAUGUGUUUGUAAAACAGAGAAGCCACGAUGCUCAUUAAAGUCAAGACACUCACUGGCAAAGAAAUCGAGAUCGACAUCGAGCCAACAGACAAGGUGGAGAGAAUAAAGGAAAGGGUGGAGGAGAAGGAGGGAAUACCACCCCAGCAACAGAGACUCAUCUACAGUGGAAAACAAAUGAAUGAUGAGAAAACCGCAGCAGACUACAAGAUCCAGGGCGGCUCAGUGUUGCAUCUAGUUCUUGCAUUAAGAGGUGGGGAAAUGCAACAGUAUCCUCACAGCUCCCCAACAAUGUAAAUGCCCGACCUGGCUUGGUUACCUUAGAUAUACAGUCCAGCUGUGUAAUAGCCAAUGCUCCUUUUUUGUUUAUUUGGGGAAAAAAUCGAUGUCAAUGCCACCCACCUUACUUGGUUAAGGGCAUAGGUGUGCUCAUUUUGUUAAGUUUAUAAAAAUUGUUUGAAAUCAAGUUAACAUGAUGUACCAGUUUGUCAAUAAACAGUGAUUGUGACGAA